UGAACUUAUAUUUUGUUUAUUAUGUCAGGUGGAAGUGUCAACAUUAUGGACCACAGAAACAAGACCAGAGUCAUGGAGUUUAUUCUUCUGGGGUUUCAGAAUGAAAAGGAAGUAGAAAUUCUUCUUUUUUCUGCAUUCUUGCUCAUGUAUAUGACGUCUCUGAUUGGCAAUACCAUGAUCAUCCUUUUGGUGUGUGGUGACUACCGUCUGCAUUCACCCAUGUAUUUCUUUGUAGCCAAUCUUUCCUUCCUUGAAGUUGCCAUCACCUCCACAGUGGUGCCUAAGAUGCUGGCAAACAUAUUUUCCCUCACCAAGGCAAUAUCCUUCAUAGGAUGUCUCACACAGUCUUUCUUCUACUUCUUCUUGGGAUCCACGGAAUCCUUCAUCCUGGUCGUCAUGUCAUUUGAUCGAUACAUUGCCAUCUGCAACCCAUUGAGGUAUGCCAUCAUCAUGAACAAACAGACAUGCAUAUUGUUGCUUCUGGGAUCCUAUUUAGGUGCAUUUUUGUCAAUUUUAGCACCAUCAAUCUUAACUGCUCCUCUGCCCUUUUGUGGACCAAAUAUUAUCAAUCACUUCUUCUGUGACAGUGGCCCUGUGCUAAAGCUGGUCUGUGCAGAUACCGCUCUGGCUGAGCUGGCUGACUUUAUCUCCUCUGCUGUGUUGCUCUUGGGCUCCUUGCUCUUCACAGGAGUGUCUUACAUGUACAUUAUUAUUACUAUCCUUAGAAUUCCUUCUGUCCAGGGACGGCAGAAAGCUUUCUCCACUUGUGUUUCACACAUCACUGUUGUGACACUUUAUUAUGGAAGCUCCAUCUUUAUUUACGUCCACCCACAAAAGGGUGAUGUGAUGGAUCUUAACAAAUUUGCCACAGUGCUGAACACCAUUGUAACACCGAUGUUGAACCCUUUCAUCUAUAGUCUUCGAAAUGAGAAAGUCAAAGAAUCCCUGAGAGAUGCUUUCAGUAAAUACGUAGGCAUGUUAACAAAUUCAAGAUCUUUAAAACCACAAAAAUAA